AUUUUUCUAUCCUCUCAUCUUCCUCAUCUAUCUUUCGUAUACAAUCAAAACCAACACAUACAGAGAGAGACACGAACCAAAGAAGUGACAAUGGCAGCAACGUCUCUUACCAUCGCAACCACAUUCACCUCCUCCUCUCAUCUCACUCACGUUUCUCCCCAUGGCUUCCCUUCACGACCAAACACAAUCCGCAUCGGCUCACCUUCCUCCACACUCACCCACCGUGCAACCCACCUCCGUCCCAUCUCCGCCGUCGAAGCUCCGGAGAAGAUCGAGAAGAUAGGCUCCGAGAUCUCUUCUCUGACCUUAGAAGAAGCACGUGUCCUCGUGGACUACCUUCAGGACAAGUUCGGUGUGUCUCCACUAUCUUUAGCUCCUGCUGCAGCGGCUGUGGCUGCUCCGGGAGACGGUGGUGGUGCGGCGGCUGCGGUGGAGGAGCAGACUGAGUUUGAUGUUGUUAUCAAUGAAGUUCCGAGUAGUUCGCGUAUUGCUGUGAUUAAAGCGGUUAGGGCUUUGACUAGCUUGGCGUUGAAGGAAGCUAAGGAGUUGAUUGAAGGGUUGCCUAAGAAGUUUAAGGAAGGUGUGACGAAGGAUGAAGCUGAAGAAGCUAAGAAGCAGCUUGAGGAAGCUGGCGCCAAGGUCUCUAUUGCUUAACUUUUUAAAAAUUUGAUUAUUGUUUUUUUUAGAAAAGUGAUUUUCUUUUUUUUUCUGGAAUUAUUGAUUCAGCUUUGAGAAAAUAUUGUAAUGUGAAUCAGUUUACGUUUCCUAUAACUGUUUCAGACAAUGGCACUUUUAGACUCUCGGAUAUGAAGAUAUGUGACA